GACACAGCAGACGGCCGCCGGCCCCGUUACAGGGGAUGGGCUGGACCCAGUGUGGCCUGGCGGCUGCCUCCUCAGAGACAUAAGUUCACACCGUGUCCCCAAGGGCACGAGGGGCUUUUCCAACUUCCAAGGGAAGCCGGCCAUUCAUCCCUCCACCAGGAAGUGGACCUUCCCGGUUCGGAUGGUGGGCAGGAAUUAGGAUUGUAACAAAGAGGAACAAGCAAACAGAAACGGCAGCAGGAAAAUUACACUUUUGAGAGAAAGGGUGGCCAUUCCAGGGAAGGCGGAGCGGCUGUCCUCCUGCUGACCUGAAGCAGUGAGGACAGAGAUAAGGGUCCCGGAACAGGUCACAAGCUACAUCCAACCCUCACUGGGUCUUGGUUUUAGGGGUGGGGCCCCACCCGACGCUAUAAAAAGCUGAAUGAAUAGGAAAAAGAGGGUUUGGUUUCUCUUUGGGGAUACUUCCUCCACCACAGCUGGGAAGAGAAGACAGAGAGAGGAGCCUGGGGUCAGAGAGGCUCCCAGCCGGACACGAGAGAGCCAGGCGGGGCUGUUAGCCUCACGCAGGACGCGGCCCUCACCCAGCACAGCCCUCCUCCACGGGACCUGCGCUCACCAUGGCCUGGCUUUGGCUGUCCGUGGUUCUGGCUCCAGUCUCCGCUCUGCUGCCCGCGAAUCAGGAUCCAGAAUCACCGAUUAUGAACUUAAGGAUGGAGCCAAGAAAUAGAACCCUGACCUGGAACCUCAAUGGAAAUGUUUCCAAGAUUGAGUGUGCCGUACAUUCAGGUCAUAUCACAAAGGCAAAAAACAACCGUUACUGCCAGUUCUACAUGGUUCCCUCCUGUGAGAUGACAAACUACAGUGUCACUGUCACCAUGACCACAGGUCAGCUGUUCUCAACGUCGAUUUUGUAUCCUAUGCAAGAAGGUAACCCCAGAGCAGCCGCCCAAGACCUGCACUGCAGGGUCCAUGACGUGGACUUCCUCACAUGCCACUGGGUGGUGGGGUCGGAGGCGCCGGAUGACGUGCAGUACUGCCUCUACAUGGAGGACCUGAAGACGUAUGCGCAGCAGGAGUGCCUACAUUACGGAGAGGAUCCGAGGGGCACACACGUCCGCUGUUAUUUCAAUGUCACCGGGCUACCCAAAGAGCUCCACUUCCUGGUAAAGGGCACCAGCAGGGGCUCCAGCAUCCCCUGUUCAGAACUCUGGGUGGACUUAAUGGAAACUGAGAGACUGAGGCUCCCCAACAUCACAGCAAGGUGUAAUAAAUCCCUUUCUGUCAUGGAGUGGAAAAUGGCAAGUCACUUCAAUGACAGAUUUGUCUAUAAACUUCAAAUACGAAAGGGCUCAGAUCCUCCCUACACGGAGAACCUGGUCUCAGAAAAUUCCUUUGUGCUCUACAACCCCGGAAUCUACACGGUGAGGCUACAAGCCCAGGGAGGCUUCCAGAACGUCUGGAGCGAGUGGAGCGCCACCCAGCGCUUUGGGCCACCCUCGUCCCUGAGGACCUUACCUUUACUUGACUACAUCUGCAAAGCCCCUCUAUUACACGCUGAAAGGUAUCUGCUGCAGAGAGCAGGGUGCCUGCGUCACGGCCACAUAGCAGCGCAAGCAGGCCCCCCGGGCUGCCUCCCAGAAUCGUUGCUCCACGCCAGGCUCCACGUGUCCCUCAGAUGAAUGGCCGCCCCUUUGGACAGACACAUCCCAUGGGACAUUGAGGUUCACCUGCCAUGGCUCAUAUGGAAGACACGAGAGGCAGGGAGGGGCCUUUCUGUACUGACCCCUGUAAUUCAGGGUUCUCUGGAGAAAUAGAACCAAUAGGAUGCGAAAUCCAGGAGAGGAAAUCAUGGGGUAAGAAAUAUCUCUAAAACCAAAAUCAGUCAAAGGGAGAAAUAAAAUUUAAAGCCCGUUUAUUGCUUACAAACUGCAGUCCGGGGGCUGCCUCCCUCCUGCUCCUGCAGAAGCAAGCGAAGCCUCCCCCCAGCCUCUCAGGUUCAGAAGAGCCCUGGGUUGCUCAGGUAAUUACCCCCUGAUAUGGAGAUGAACUACCCCUCUCCACCCCUGAGGAACGCCCAUUUGGUAUGGAUAUGCUGUAAAGACAGGCAAGAUAUUCUGGAUAUGCUUCAGUUUUACCCACAGAUGAGCAUCUAUAGCUAUCCCCAUACUUCUAUCUACUUGGGACAGAUAGAGAGAUUCAUUUUAAGGAACUGGUUAAUGCAAUUGGGGGUCUGGCAAAUACAAAACCUGGUGGGUACACGAAGCAGCUGGACACCCAGGGAAGAGGUGAUGUUGUAACUGGAGUGUGAAGACAGAAUUCCCUCUUCCUUGGAGGACCGCAGUCUUUUUCUCUUGAGG